AAGUCGAAAUAUCACUCGCUCAGCACCUUGUCAACUUUCCCGUCAUUCGUUUCUCUUUCCUUCUUUUUCCCCAAGAAUAGAAUCGGCUGCUAUGUGUGUGUCGCUCCUCCUCUAGCAGACUGUUUGUUGGUCUCACCACCGCCACGUGCAUUGCUCUCGAGCCACUCCCAGAUCUUUGCACUUGUCUCCUUUUCUUUUUUUACUUCGUAUUCAGAGCCGUUUCUAUGCAUGGAGAGUCGAUAUUUUUGGAGGCCAGAGAAUCUUUAACAUCAUCGAGAGCCUGCUGAUUUCAGAUUCUUUACUGCUUCCACAUCGCCCGUUGAUGCGUGCUGUUGCUGGCUGUUGAGGCACUCCAGACAUCUUUGCCAAUAUGGCUGUCUUCUUCAUUGGGUGGGAGCUGUGGGAGGAAAUGACAUUUGUUCUUGCAUGCUGCAUAGUGUUAGUCUUCGUCUUUGGGCUGGUAAGACUCUGGUGGACAAAUCGAAAAAUUGCGAGGCUCGAAUUGAUAGACGAAGAGCGGCGUGUUCGACUGGCCGAGAUGCGGUACUGCGGUAUCAACGCACGCGGCAUCACCGACAUCCCCUUUGGAGUGCGCGCCAUCCAGAGCGGCAUCCAGGUCGAGGGCAUAUGGAUAUCAAGGCCUAACACGCCCGAUGCCAGCCACGUCACCGGCUCGCCCACUCUUAUAGGCGACCCGACCGAUCCCAGAGCAAAGGCAAUGGGGAAAGGAAAAGGGAAAGCACGCUAUAUUCCGGUGGAAGCUGCGGAGUCAUCGUCAUCACGCGGGAACACCCCUGCAUCAAGCCCUUCCACGCCUCCCCAGACCAUCAGGGGCGACUCAGACAAUGCACGGCCGUCGAGACAGCGACAGCCGGUGGACGUGGAGACACCCAAGGGAUCGAUUGAAGCUCAGCGCAAAGCCAUUGCUCGCAACAUGGCUUCUCGUGCUUCUUCAGCAAACCGGACCAGCGUGGCUUCGUCGUCGAUGGGCGAAUUUGUCGUUCCCCACCCGAGGAGCUCCUACGCCAGCUCGAAGCCAAUGCUUGCCGGGUCUGGCGAAUACUAUUCCGAUAUAUCUCGGAGCGCGACGAACGAGGAAUACUAUGAUGCUCUGCCGCCUCCAGCCUGGGACCACGGAUAUAGUAGCUCUGAUGCGGACAACUCUGAAGCAGGCCGACGAGCAAAACCAGGUCCUUCGAAGUUGCAGAAAAAAUCACAAGAGGGGGAGAAUAUUUAGGAUUCCUGGCUGGGCCAUGAAUUUCGAUGGGCGGUUUCUAAUGCUUAACGUUUCACACGCCGUUUUAUGACACGACUUACGUUGAAAGGAAAAGAUGCUCAUGAUGAUUUUGCCAUGCGGGCCAUUUGCAAAUAGAUAUGCUAUCAGACAGAAGAACAGAUA